AAAGUUUUCCUAACUGUAAAUAUUUUCUUUCCAGAUAUAAUAAAGGAGCAAAACCGAGAGCUAAGAGGUACACAGAGGACUAUAACCAGAGAUAGAGCAGCACUUGAAAAACAGGAAAAACAGCUGGAAUUGGAGAUAAAGAAAAUGGCUAAGACUGGUAAUAAGGAAGCCUGCAAAGUGCUGGCAAAACAGCUCGUACAACUGCGGAAACAGAAGAAUCGAACGUAUGCUGUUAGCUCUAAAGUCACUUCUAUGUCAACUCAAACAAAAGUCAUGAACUCUCAGAUGAAGAUGGCUGGAGCUAUGUCAACUACAGCAAAAACAAUGCAAGCAGUUAAUAAGAAAAUGGAUCCACAAAAGACACUACAAACUAUGCAGAAUUUCCAGAAGGAAAAUAUGAAGAUGGAAAUGACUGAAGAAAUGAUUAAUGAUACUUUAGAUGAUAUUUUUGAUGCUUCUGAUGAAGAGGAGGAAAGCCAGGAUAUUGUUAACCAAGUGCUUGAUGAGAUAGGAAUUGAAAUCUCUGGAAAGAUGGCCAAAGCUCCAUCUGCUGCCAGAGGUUUGCCAUCUGCAUCAACAUCAAAAGCUGCUACCAUAUCAGAUGAAGAGAUUGAACGGCAGCUCAAAGCUUUGGGAGUUGAUUAACUUGAUGGCAAUAGUCUGUCUUCUAAUUAUUCAGCUGCAGACAAAUGUAAAAAGUGCAAAUACUUUUUCAAUGCAACUGAUGCCUAUGAAAACUCUGAAGCUGCAGAAAUGACAUCUUCAAACUGAUACUCUGGAGGGAGGAGACCACUUUGAAUCAACUGAUGGGAGAAUUACACUUGCUGUGUUCGUUGCAUGCCAUUGUCUUGAGCAGUGGACUGAAUAGGGAUGUAGCUCUAAUGAUAAAUUUAUACACAGUCUGAAUUCAUUCUCUGUUGAAUUCAAAGUUUUCUUCUCAGUUCCUUUUCUGUCCUUAGAAUUGGCAGUUCUGUAGCUGGUGGUGUUAUCUCCUAGGAUAGCACCUGUAUAAUAUAUAUCAUUUUUAUAAAUCUAUUCCUAUAGAAGAAUUAUUAAUCUGUCAUCUUGGCAGAAAGGAAACUUCACCUUUACUCUUAGCUGAAAUUAUUUUGUUUUGAUGAGAAAUAGCCUUGAAAGUCCAGCAAUUUAGGCAGAAAGAAAAAGCAGUUUAUGCACUUCUUUCAAGUUUCUGCAAUAACUUUUAGUUGACUAAAUAGCUGAUUAUUCUUUUUAUCAAAGGAGGAUACAGUCGUGCAGUUAAUUCUACUGGAAAGGGAUUUAGAUGUUAGUGAACUUCAAUGCAUGAAAGGCACUGAUUGAACUCUAUUGUACUGUAACCUAACAGUAUUUCUGUGCCUUUAUGUAUAUAAAUCUAGUACUCUUGAUUUUUUUUUUUCUAGGAUGAGUCUUUGAAAGGAGGGUAAACCAUAAGAAGGAUAGUUUUCACAAAACUUUAUGGCAAGAGCUCUGAUUAUGCUCAGUGAUGUUUAGAGAUGCAUCUUUUCAGAAAUGCUACUUCUGCAUCUGCAAAAAGGACAUUUGCCUGAAACAUUUGUAUAUAUAUUUUACAGUAUUUCUUAAUGGGAGAUAACUGUGCAUAGUUGAGUUUACUAAGAUACAAUUGAGUACACUGAUGAUAAGCUAAAUCUAAUUCUCAGUUAUGAGGACAAUUUUGAAUGAUACAUGAUAAUUACUUGUCAAAACACUACAAUAAAAGUAUUCUGUUUCCAUUAAGGUUUUUUUUUUUCUAUGGUCUCUUAGCUGUAUCAGCAUGAUUCUGGCUUUAGGUGGAAUACGUUUGACUAAUGAAAUAAAAACUUGACAUUUUUCGUAGAUGACUAAGUCUGAGAAUGCAGUUCCCAGUCACAGCUUUCCAGAUAGCAUAAAGUUCCUCAGGCCCUUACUCUGCUGUAUAUUAUUUGCCUGGUUGUGCUGGUAUAGUGGGGCUGUUCAGCAAACAGAAACAACAAAAGCACUGUUGUUACAAAGAAGAAAGUAAAAUACCUCUUAAGAUUGAAAACAGAAAAACUUUGAGGUACAAGUUUCUUAAAAACACUUUGCUGCUAGAGAAAGUGCAGGAGGAAACAUUAACUUCUGUGAAACUACUGUUGUCACACCAUCUGCUUUACGUUUGAAAUCAGCAGAGAAAAAAAGCAUAGGUGAAUCUUCAUAUGUUUUUUUUUUUUUUAACAUGGAUGUUGAUAACAACUAGGGAAAGUAAGGGACAUGAUAUUAAUUUGUGAGGCAGUGGAUAUGAAUGUUUAAGUUUAUAUAUUGCCUAUCUCUCUGAAAUGAUUUUUUUUUAAACAAGUUAUUUUGUAAAAAUCUAAUAAAAGUUUUUUUUAUUC